AUGUCUCAGGCAUCGCCUCAGGGAGGAAAGGAAGCUGUGGCUAUGUGUCGUCCGGCAGUAGGGAGAAGAGAUCGUCACCAGUGUGUGCUAUUUGCUUUCUCUUUGGUAUUAUGGAAAACGUCUUUCUAUUUUCUAUUUUUGAUCUUGCCAGGUGAGCCUGAAUUUAAGUACAUUGGGAAUAUGCACGGUAAUGAGGCUGUUGGAAGGGAACUGCUCAUUUUCCUGGCCCAGUACUUAUGCAAUGAAUAUCAGAAGGGGAAUGAGACAGUCGUCAACCUGAUCCACAACACCCGAAUCCACAUCAUGCCUUCGCUGAACCCCGACGGCUUUGAGAAGGCAGCAUCCCAGCCUGGUGAGCUCAAGGAUUGGUUUGUGGGUCGAAGCAACGCCCAGGGAAUAGAUUUGAACUGGAACUUCCCAGACUUGGAUAGGAUCGUGUACGUCAAUGAGAAAGAAGGUGGCCCCAAUAACCAUCUGCUGAAAAACCUGAAGAAGAUUGUGGAUCAGAACACAAAGCUUGCUCCUGAGACCAAGGCUGUCAUUCACUGGAUUAUGGACAUUCCUUUUGUGCUCUCUGCCAAUCUCCAUGGAGGAGACCUUGUGACUAAUUAUCCCUACAAUGAGACCAGGAGUGGAAGUGCUCAUGAAUACAGCUCCUGCCCAGAUGAUGCCAUUUUCCAAAGCGUGGCUCGGGCGUACUCCUCUUUCAACCCAGUCAUGUCUGACCCCAACCGGCCACCCUGCCGCAAGAAUGAUGAUGACAGCAGCUUUGUAGAAGGCACAACCAACGGUGGUGCCUGGUAUAGUGUGCCUGGAGGGAUGCAGGACUUCAAUUACCUCAGCAGCAACUGUUUCGAGAUCACGGUGGAGCUCAGCUGUGAGAAGUUCCCACCCGAGGAGACCCUGAAGAGCUACUGGAAGGAUAAUAAGAACUCGCUCAUUAGCUACCUUGAGCAGAUACACCGAGGAGUUAAAGGAUUUGUCAAAGAUCUUCAAGGUAACCCGAUUGCCAAUGCAACCAUCUCCGUGGAAGGAAUAGAUCAUGAUGUUACAUCCGCGAAAGAUGGUGAUUACUGGAGAUUGCUCGUACCUGGAAACUAUAAACUUAUGGCCUCAGCUCCUGGCUAUCUGGCAAUAACGAAGAAGGUAGCAGUUCCUUAUAGCCCUGCUGUUGGGGUGAGUAAACUUAAGAACUUAGCAUGGCAAUAA